GAAAAUUUAUUAUUUGUGGUUUUGAACUUUUCGCCCCUAAAAAUGAUGUCUAUGCUCAGUAAACAAAGUCGUUAUUUUGUUACCAGUUAACCCAAAAGAAGGCAUCAUAAUUAUAACACAUUGGCAGUGUCAACAUGGAUGUAACCAAGCAAUUCCAGGUAUCAUGUGAACAGGGAGACCUCAACCAAGUGGAGCUCCUUCUAGAGCAGGUUGAGGUUGACUGGGCUGAUACAGAGGGCGUAACAGGACUUCAUAUUUCGGCAGCUAAUGGGCAUGAAAACAUAGUACGAUUAUUAAUAACUCGUGGGGCUGCUCUUGACAAAUCAAAUACAUUUGGUUGGACCGCUCUCAUGCAGGCCUCCCGGCAUGGACACACAAAUAUUAUUGCGCUAUUACUCCAGCAUCAGGCUGACAUAUAUGCCAGGAAUCGACUUGGAGCAAAUGCCUUAACAUUAGCUGCUCGUGGUGGGCAUUUACAGACUGUAAAGUUUCUUGUUGAAGCUGGUUUGGACAUAAGUAACUGUGGUGCUGCUACAUGUGAAGUAUCAGCGCUCAUGGUAACAACUCAGAAUGGCCACGAUGCCGUUGUGCGAUAUCUACUCGAUCGGGGGAGUGACGUCAACUAUAGAAUGCCAUCUAUUGGUUUAAAUGCACUAAUGGUCGCAGCGCUGAAUGGUCACAUGACCACAGCUCAGAUUCUAAUAGAAGGUGGAGCAGACCCGAAUCUCACAAAUAUCAAUAACGCUACUGCCUUGGCAAUUGCAACAAAGAGGGGAAAACGAGAAGUGAAAGGCUACUUGGACAGGAAGACAACGAAUAAACCACAAACAGAUUGUGAAGAUAAUAAGCCUGACAUCAUAGAUGCUGCUAAAAGCGGGGAUAUUGAACGCAUCCGUGCAAUUCUCGAGAUGGAUCCAAGUCAGCGAGAUGCCUGCUCACCAGCAGAUGGCGCUACCCCACUUAUGUUUGCUGCUAUGACAGGACGAAAAGACAUAGCUCAAUUAUUGGUGGAGCGAGGCUGCGAUAUAAAUAAACAGGAUGUCGUAAGUGGGUGGACGGCACUUAUGCAAGCGACGUAUCAUGGCAAAAAGAACAUUGCAGUUUAUUUAACUAACGUAGGAGUUGAUGUCAACAUUCAGGCCAAGAAUGGCUGUACGGCAUUUGAUAUGGCAUCUUUAAUAGAUGAUGUUGAUACUGACCUCUUAAGACUUCUAGCACAAAAGGCAACCCAACAAUCCCAGAAGUCUGAUAACAAGAAAAAGGCGUGGUUGACACAUUCGGAGACAGCCCUUAGACCUGUGGAGGAAAAAAUUGUUGAAGAGGAAACCAAAUCUGGAUUAAAAGGCUGGUGGAACAGGAUGUCCAACAGAUUUAGAAAUCUAAAGAUCGGGCGUACAUUUUCGACCAAUCGCUUGACACCUCUGCCUGAUAGUGCAAUAGAGGAGACAAUGACAAAGUCUCAAUCAUCUCCAAUGAUCAAUACUAUGGUAACAAAUCUACCAGCGAGUAACAACAAUGAAACUUCUGGUCUCCAGAUGUUGAAUAGCUACCAAACACUUAUGCUUGAAACAAAGAAAAGUGCUUCAAUGUACACACUGACAUUAAACCCUCCACACCAACAUUUGUCCAGUAGUGAAACAUUGAAACCUGUCAUUCCUCCAUUUUUGCCUUCACCUACAUUUGAUCUCACACACAAUGAUCGAUCCCCAAUGUCUCAAAAUGGAGGAACUUUAGGAAAAAAUACCAUGCCACCAACGAGAACAAACUCAAUGAAUAAUAACACUGGCGCCAUGAAGCUCUUACAAAAUCACAAGAACAGUAGUCCAUCAGGGUCAUAUCGUUUCUAUAGCAACAUCAGCCCAGGAUCAAGUGCUGGGGGAAGUAGCGUCAGUCGACAAUUUUUGUCAUCCAAGAUGCAGAAAAACUCUGCAUUUAAACCAAGUGGAGUUGAUAGACAAAAAGAUCAGAUGCCUCCUCCCAGGAUAUUUAUGCCUGCCUCACAACUCCAAUAUAGCGGACCCCCUUCAUACUUAAGCAACAGCUCACAGCUCAAGACCAGAGUUAAUGGGUCAACAGCUAGCACCACGUCCCCCAGUAGCUCAACGAGUGGGAGUAGUGCCCAGACGCUCAAAAGUGGCAGCAGAAAGAAAGAUGGCAGCACCACCUCAACCCUUACCCCCUCACCUUCCCCCACCCCAAAUCUCCAGAUGUUUACUGUGGAGAAAAGGGAAAAGGGACAAUCAGAUCCUGGACAAUCAUCUAAACGCACUAGUCUUGAAUCUGACGAAGAUGACAUUAGUCAAGUCCUGAGCAAGCUGUCAUUGGAAUGCUACAAACCAAUAUUCGAGGAACAGGAAGUUGAUAUGGAGGCAUUUCUGACAUUAACUGAGGCUGAUCUCCGUGAACUAGGGAUUGAUCAUUCUGAUUCUAGACGUCAAAUACUCACUGCAAUUACACAUCUCAGCUCAGGGAAAGGCAGGGAAAGGGACAUGUAUCAAAGCAGUAUGGGCAGCUACUCUAGGGCUUCAUCAACGAAGAGCUCACAUCACUGACAGCUGAAGAAAUCUGAAAUGAACAGCUAUUAUAAGAGUUUAUGACCAGUGACUUUUGGAGAGAAAAAAUAAUCUGCCCCGGAUUACAGUAAAGGCCUAAAGGCAUAUGGAUGGCCUGGGUGAUGAUAUGUCCAUGUAGCUAAAUCCUGGAAAUAAAUAUGUAACCGAUAUGCUAUGUUUGUGAAAA